AUGGCUGCUGCUGUAGCCCCGGCCGCCCCCGAGAAGAAGCUCGAGGGCCUUGGCCUUUACUCUCGGUUCGCUUUUGCCGGCGCCGUCUGCUGUUCUGUCACCCAUGGUGCCUUCACUCCAGUCGAUGUUGUCAAGACUAGGAUCCAGCUCGACCCAGUGACAUAUAAUCGUGGUAUGAUUGGUGGUUUCCGUCAAGUCAUCCAAAAUGAGGGCGCUGGUGCUCUCUUGACUGGCAUUGGCCCGACCUUUGCUGGUUACUUCAUGCAGGGAGCCUUCAAGUUUGGUGGUUAUGAGUUUUUUAAGCAGCAAUCCAUCAACAUUCUUGGUCUUGAAAGGCCCGCUACACGUAUCCGUCUUGUCUCUGAGCCUGGCUUUGCCAAUGGCCUGAUUGGCGGUUUCGGCAAGAUUCUCAAGAACGAGGGCAUUGGUGCUUUCUACCGUGGUUUCGGUCCUAUCCUCCUGAAGCAGGUGCCCUACACAGUGACCAAGUUUGUCGUUUACGAAAAGGUGGCCGAGGCCGUUUUUGCUCGCCUUGACAAGUCCAAGCUGUCGAAUAGCGCCCAGACCGGCGUUAACCUGGGAUCUGGUCUCAUGGCUGGUUUCGCUGCUGCCAUCGUCUCUCAGCCCGCUGAUACUAUGCUGUCCAAGAUCAACAAGACCAAGGGUCUCCCCGGGGAGAGCACCAUCUCCCGUCUUAUCAAGAUUGCGGGUGAGCUGGGUCUUCGUGGUUCCUUUGCUGGUCUUCCUACUCGUCUGUUCAUGAUCGGUGGUCUUACUGCUGGUCAAUUCGCCAUCUACGGUGACAUCAAGAACGCUCUUGGUGCGACCAAUGGUGUUGAGAUCGCCAAGUAA